AUGUCCUCAUCAAACCAACGCGCCAAAACGCCAACCGCAUUAACUCUUCCACAAGGCCCCCGGUUCUCGCCCCCGAAAUCACCAUCAAAGGAUUCCUCCCCCGUCCGGAGACCGCUUCACGAACGCUCAAAUUCGCAGACCAAUCAGCACUCGAGUCCCACAAUCCGCCUAGUGCAGGACACUCCCGAUGACAUCUAUCAAAAGUACCCAGUCCCCAGCGAACCUUCGCAGAUUCUAUCUCCACCCCGUCAUGCGCCGGGUUAUGGGUUCGAGAGACCCGAGAGGCCAGGGUCUCGCGUUUCAUCUAACAGCCAGGUAGCCAGUGUCGUUGCAAAGUUCGAGGCCAGCCAAGUUCAGACACCACAGCCAAUCGUGCCCCGGAAAAAAGGUGUCAGGCACUCAGCCGCAACUAGCACGUCAGAGGAAGAUACUUUCAUAUCCUCUGCCUUUACCCCUUCAUCUGUAAGAUUCUCGCAGGACAGCACUGCCCCGUCGUCACCCCCACCAGAGUUUGACGAUGGCGACACCCUCGACGUACUUCAAGAGGAGCCGCGCAGCCAGAGGCCAACCAUCCGCGCUGUUCCUCCCUCCUCGUCUGGUGGUGAUUCGUUCGAGAGUCGCAACCGUGCAUUGACCCCAAAGGCCUCUGCUGCAUCCUUUGCCUCAACCAUCCUCGCCGCCCACCCAUCUUCUUCUGGCCAUGGUGGAAACACGUCGCGUCUCAGUAUCGGGCCCCUUCUACCACAAGGCGAUGAACCAACCCCGUCGCCCGAAUCCCAAGCAGGGCGUUCUGCACUCACUAGUGACACUGACAAUCGACAACAUGUAUUGAAGCCUCAACAAAGCACAGAUUCGAUAACGUUUUCUGAUAUUUUGUCCACUAGCAUCGAGCCAACUACAUCACCAGUUUCUCAUGAAGCCAGCACGGUCUCUUUUGCGAGCGGUGUUCGAAUCAACUAUCCCAUUGUACGCGUGCCCUCGUCCAGCACACUGCGGGCUGAGUCCCAGAACCAAGCCAGCCUCGUGUCCCGGAUGCAGGACCGCUCGUCGCUACACCAAUGGAGUUCCCAACUAUCGACUAUCCCCUCGGCAUCCGAGCGCGACUCGCGCUCAAUCGCCCGAGGCUCGCGAUCAUUUGGGGCCAGGUCGCAUUCACAGGAGAGCUAUAGCGCCAGUGGCCGGACAAACAUUCCACGACGGAGAGGACAGACGGUCUCGAGCGCGCAAUCGUCUCUAGACAAUGCAUCAUCUGAAGCACACUUUGAGUACUCGGCGGUGCCCCAACCUCUCUUCUCACCAGCCUCGAAGAGCUCUCUCGAUGACAACAACAGCGAACACCUCGACACAAUCUCGCCAUUGCCUUCAUCGGUUCCGUUGCGCGUGAAGAACUCGGGCUAUCUGCGCAAGGCCAACAGUGUCGAGAGCAUGUCCAUGGACGAGACGUCUCGACCAGUUUCCGCUCAGUCCAGCGUGUCCAUUUUUCUCGCCAACAACAUUCCUGCAUGGGCAAGAGCCUACUACCAGAAAGGCGAGCGGAUCUCGGGAGGUGCCCCGGAAUCAGAGUAUGCGGAAAGUGUAGUGCAGGAAAUGUCACAGAGUGGACGGUCACACACCCCCUCUGAGAGCAAUUACCCGCCCAACAUUUACCGCCCACGAAACCGUCCACGGCACCGAGCUGCUUCGUUCGCUGACACCGUCUCCCUUGCCGACGACGCUCAAUCCAUUGAUGGUGCAAGCAACCCAGCUGGUGCCCGUAUGUACCAGAUCAGGCAAUACUCAACACCACAUCUCCGCACCGAUCGCCGAGGAGAUACGCGAUACAGUGCGUGGAACGCACCAUCUCUCGACGCCGAUGUUCAUGUUACGCUUCUUGGACGCCAGAACCGACAAAUCCUGCUCUUCUGUUUGGGAUUUAUCUGCCCUCUGUCAUGGAUUAUUGCCUCGUUCCUCCCCCUGCCUCUUAACCCAAACCACAUGGCUACUGCUUCUACUUCCAGCCAGGCCGAUUUGGAACAGCAGUUUGCCCAGUCCGUGGGCCCGGUGGACGACAAAGCCUUCCAAAAAGCGACCUGGUGGCGUAACCUGAAUCGCGUCAUGUCUGGAGUCGGCACGCUCCUGAUUGGUGUCAUCAUUGCGUUGGCCAUUCUCGCAUCACGCAUGUCUUGA